UCUCUUUGGUGAUACACGUACAGCUUCUGCAGGGUUUAAGUCGUUGCAAACCUUUGGAUCCGGAUGGUUCAGCAUGAAGAUUAAGAUGCCCCAGAAUGAUUCCACCGAGUCAUCACCACCUUUUAUGUGGUUCGUGGACGGCAUGCCCGUGAGAGCGUUCAGGAAUAACGGAGGAAGUUUCCCAAUGCGAGCACUGAGCAUUAUUGGGACAAUAUGGAACGGGUCGUGGGCGUCAAUCGGGGCUCCGGUGAAUUGGAACGACGGACCCUUGUUGGCUUCCUACAGAGGAUUCGGCAUCACUGCAUGCCCAACACAAAGCCCCAACGAUCCACAGUGCAACGAUUCUUCAAAGCAUUGAUGGAACGCACUCAAGUACUGGGCUCUUGACCCUCUUCAGAAGAAACUCUAUCAUGACGUGUGAAGCAAGUAUUUGGUCUGAUUAUUGUUCUAAAAUCCUAUCCCCGAGUGCCAUGUUGAGCCGUAGUUUAAUUUUUAAUUCCAGUUUUUAUUUGUUGAUAUAAAUAAGAGGAGACUGACUGACUCCCAAUAUCCCAACAUAUAUAUAUAUA